AUGUCAUCGACCGAGAAAAAACCACGGCCAGUGUCAGUGAAUCCAAUAUUGUCUGAUCAUGACUUGACUGAACGCUUUCGAAGUUCGUAUAUAAAUCGAUCGUCAGUGCAAGAACAAGUUCUCAGACUAGAACAUGAACCGUUUUCACACUGUGUAAUCGAUGAUUUUCUCCAUGAGACUCAAAGCAACCAAUUCCUCAAUCAAUUAACGAAUGAACUGAAAAAUAUCAGGUUAAACCAGAAGAACAAUGAUUUAUAUAAAUUUCAACAGUCUGAUGAUUUGGCGAAUGUCACUUUACCGGCGAUUGAACAGAUGAAGCAGUUUCUCUAUAUGGAUCUGAAAGAUUGGCUGGUGCAAGCGACUAAUAUCCAACUCAGUGAUAAAAUCGAUAUGACGUCGUCGAAAUACGAAUAUACAGAUUAUCUUUUGUGUCAUGAUGAUGACAUUCACGGCACAACUGAAGGUCGCCGAAUGGCUUUUAUUUAUUAUCUUGUACCGGAAGAUUGGAAGGAAACCGAUGGUGGAACAUUAGAUCUAUUUGAAACAGAUGAUCAGAAUCAACCAUGCAAAAUUGUUAAAUCACUAUUACCGAAAAGAAAUCGAUUGAGCUUUUUCGAAGUGACUGAUAAGUCUUUUCAUCAAGUGUCUGAAGUUUUAAAUGAAAAGCAGGGAGCACGUCUAUCGAUCAAUGGCUGGUUCCAUGGUCCUGUUAACUUCCGUCCUACGCCGAUUUUUGAACCAUUGCCAAUCGCGAAACCAGCCACGAAAUUUCAAUCCAAUGAUUUAGAACGUGUAAAUCAAACAGUUACAUCGACGUAUUUGAAAGUUGAAACACAGUACGAUGUUCAAAUGGCAUUUCAAGAAAAUUCCGAAACAAAAUUAUCAGAUUUUUUUCAAAAAGACUAUUUCCAAGCAAUGGUAAAUGAGCUGAAAAGCGAUACAAUCAGAUGGACCCGACGUGGGCCAUAUAAUAAACGGAAUUAUGAUGUUGCUGAUGUGAGCUCUUUACCAUCAGCAUUGAAAAAUCUCGUCGAUUUAUUUGGUUCUGAGCCGAUGUUCACGAUUCUUGGAUCAUUAACUGGUUUAACAUCGGAAAAUGAUGAAGAAGAAUACGAACCAUCGCCUAAAAAACAAAAAUCGACUUCAUCCGCUGAAGUUCCUUCAACAUCAACUGCAUGUUCAUCUGCUCCAAGAUGGUAUUUCGAAUUACGUCGAUGGAGACAUACAUAUUAUAGUUUAUCUUUUGAUACGGAUAAUGAUGAAGACAGCGAAAGUGAAGACGAAGACAAAGAUGGAACACUUGAUGUUAUGCUUUUCUUCAACUAUCAGACUGAUGAAAGCGAAGAAACCGUUGGUGGUGGUGACGUUGUGUAUACCAUUAAAAAUGAAGAUGAGACAUUAUUACGUGUGAUCCCCGAAGAUAAUAGUCUCAAUUUAAUCUACCGUGAGGAUGAUAAAGUGCUAAAGUUUAACAAAUAUCUCAAUCAUCGACAAGCCAAUAAGACAUUCUAUGAGUUUUGUGCGUGUUAUCUCGAUUUAGAUAAACUUAAACUUGAUUAA